AUGACCACUGGAAACGACGCCGCAAAAAGAAUGAUUUCGGCUGCAUUGGGCGGUAGACAGUCCAGGCGUCUCCAAAUGAGACACCGACCAAUCCCGGCUUCGGCGGCGGAGGAACAGGAGGCGGGGGAAGGGGAGCAGGCGAGGAUCGGGGCUGAGGAGGCUACGGUUCAAGCGUCGUCUUUUUCCAGAUCAUCGCCGUUGCCUCCGUUGCGGGCUCUGUUCACACCAGAUCCCCCUUCGUCCAAUGAGGUUGAAGCUCAGUCAACGGUCCGGCCUGCAGUAGAGGAGCAACCUGCUGUGAUAGUGCCGACAACUCCAAUUGCCGAUGCGGAACAAGGGGCGUCGAUGAGUGUGGACGAGAAGGUGGGCGAGAAGAAGACUCCGGUGAAGGGCUCCCUCCGGAAUCGGUCGACUUUGGAAAGAAAGUAUAAGCCGAAUGGAAGUGUAGUGGUGGGAAUGGUGGAGCAUAGAGGUUCGAGUCGAUGUGAACGGUGCCAGCUCGACGACUUGCCCUGUUUCCAGAGGGAGGGAAAGGCCACGAUGAAGUGCAAGUCUUGCACUUCGGAUCACUGUUCCUUCCAUUCCGGUCACGCUGGAUCUUCUUCGACCCGGGCUAGUGGUUCGGCUCAUGCCCCAAAGGUCUCCAGUAAAGCCUUGGUCCAUUUGGGUGAGCUUGCUGCAUUGGCUAGCACAGAGACGAAUAGGAUGAGGAGGAAGACGUUGAAGCGGGCCGUCGAGGGGCUCAGGGUUGUUUUGGGGGUGGAACAAAGUGAUUCGGAGGAUGACAUCGAGCAGUUGGAGGAGAGUGAUGACGAGGAUCAGGGAAGCGGAAAGAAGAGAAAGAGGGGUUUAUCGAAGAGGUGA